AUGUAUAAAAAUGAACUAGACUAUACUGCAAACUUAAAACUAAUAGAUGAUAUUACUUCAAAAGAGUUCAAGUAAUAUGAAGUAGGUCAUCGAAAAACCUAUUCUUAGCCAGAUUAAGUUUAAUUGAAACGAUAACCUGAUAGGUUGGGUAAUUAUUUUAUAAUAAAGAUUAGAAAUUUCAAUAAAUCAAAGUAUAACCUUACAAAUGUACCCAAGCAUCUUCAAAUAUAUAAAAAUUAAAGUGAAAGAACUAAUAAAACCAUUAAAUUUUGUCUAUGAAUCCGAUAAUAAUUAAUGUUUAAUCAAGAUAUUUGUAUCAUCAAUAACUGAUAGUCCAAAUAUAUUAAAUAAUAGUUUACAAGUGAUUGUAAAAAUAGUCAUCUAUAGAUUAGAAUAAAUCAAGAUUUUAAUUUACUGAACCUCCUUCUCAUUUUACAAAAUUCAAAUGUGAUUAUGUAUACUUAUCCAUUUACACUGAUAAAUAUACUGAUUUAAAGAUCAAAGCAACAGUUGGAGUACAUCAAUCAAACACAAAUAGAAGUAUAUAGAAAAGUUAACAAACACCUAUUCUAUAAAUUCCAAGAGAAUUAUUGACUACUCGAGAACCAGGCAGUUACACAUAUAGAAGUAAUUUCUCAUGUAUAAGAUUAAUCUAAAUUUUAGUAAUGCCUAAACCAAAAACUAGUUCAUCAUUUAUUAGGUCGAAUAAAGAAUCUCAAGUCAAAUUUAAAUUAAUAUUGGAUUUUAAGAUAAAAAGUACUAAACAAAAGAAUUCUUUAAUCGAAGAAAUGAUGAAGAAAAAGUCUAUGAUUUAGCAUAAUAAGAAAUUACAAAUUUUGGAAUCUUCUUAUACUCAUGAAAUUGAUAGAUUGUAAUCCAGAGUAUAAAGAUUAAGAAGUGAAAUUAAAUUACAUAUCAGCAAUAUAGAUAUGUUAUGGCUUGAAAUUCUAUUUAUUACAUUGUUAGCUAAAGCAAUCAAGCAUUAAUAUUAUGUAUGUUUAAAUUUAAAUAGAAACGAGUCAUGAGAAUAGUAAUUAGUAAUAAAGUUUAAGUUUGUUGUAGAAAA